GUUUUGGAUCAGCCAGCAACAAGCCGCGGCCGCGCAGCCAGCCUUCGGUUCGGUUGCGUUCACUGCAGCCAACAGUUUUACCAGGGACUCUGGCGAAAUACGACGUGUUUCUGUUGUCGUUCCCAAACGCGGCGGUGCGCAUAAGUUUGCAUCGAGUCGGUGCGGAGGUCCGUAGCAGCGAGCAACGGCUGUGGUGCGAUCGUGCGUGUGGCUAGUUUGAAAUUUCUCAAUUGCGCGUAGUGUGGCGGCUUUCGGUGGUUGGCGGUUGAAGAAAAGUAGUGUACUGACCGCGUGCAAUAUCUCUCGUCGAAGCAUAGGAAACACAACAGAACGAGGCCCGCGUAAAGUGUGAAUGUGCAUAAUCUAUGUACUGACGCGUGUUGCAGCGCAGAUGAAAUAAGUGGCUUCACUAUUUUUUGGCAUAUUGAGUCACAAAUUCACUGACGAAGAGCCGAAAAUAAGCUACUUCAGUGUGCUUGUGAGAGUGCUUAUUUGUUAUAAAAAGCGUGAAGUGUUCGUUCGAAUCAAUCGAGGGAAAAAAAGAACAAACUUGACCAGCAUCAUUCGACAGCAGAGCGCUCUGAAGCCAACCACAAAGGGAGAGAUCAACGAAACAGGCCGCAUCUGCACCCGACAUUGAAACAAGUCUGAAGGCACGAACGUGAUUCACCCUGACGAACCGGUAGACUUGGACGAUGACGGGGCGACGACGGUCGCUGGGAGCUAUUCGGGCGGCUCUGGCGAUACUGUUGACCUGGGUCACUCUGUGCAAUGGCCACGGGAGACUUAUAGAGCCACCGAGUCGAGCAUCGGCCUGGAGAUAUGGAUUUUCUACGCCUCCGAAUUACAACGAUCAUGAGCUGUACUGCGGUGGAUUCAACCGGCAGUGGCAGAAGAACGAUGGCAAGUGCGGCGAGUGCGGAGAUGCCUACGAUGCCCCGAAACCGAGACCGCACGAGUACGGUGGCAAAUGGGGCCAGGGAGUGAUUGUGAGACGGUAUAGGCCUGGAUCGGUGAUUACCCUGAGGGUAGAGUUGACGGCUAGUCACAUGGGAUACUUCGAGUUCCGAAUUUGCGACAACGUAAAAGCCCAGCAGGAAUGUCUAGACCAGCAUCCGUUGAAGAUUCUCAGUGGUACACCGAGCAUUCCGCACCCGAACGAUUUGGAAACUCGAUUCUAUCCUCGCAACGGCAGUCGAAUCUACGAAAUGAAGGCCGAACUUCCUCAAAGCUUCCAGUGCACCAACUGUGUCAUCCAGUGGAAAUACAUCGCCGGUAAUAACUGGGGCAUGUGUCCGGACGGUAACGGGGCGGUCGGUUGUGGACCCCAAGAAGAAUUCCGAGCCUGUGCGGACGUAUCCGUAGGUGAUACCAACGACAACGGCAAUCGCACUCCGCUUCGACCAGGAUACCGCCCAACACCAACCCGAGUGCCAGCAGUCACACCGGACCAGGGCGCCAGCGGAGCAGCCGGCAACGAUACCAGCGUGGACGAAGAGAUGCCAACGGGAGUCAAAUAUAUGGGACCACUGGUCGCCAUAUUGUCGCUUUUUCUGGUCCUAUGUGGAUUUGCUGCACUCUAUAUUUAUCACUAUCAUGGGGGGCGGAUAAAGGCUCUGAUGCGUUGGAACCGGGACAAGAACCAGAAGAUGGCGGCACAUGUUGGGGAGAGCGCACCAAGCUUUACCGAGCCCACCAGCCCUCCUGUACCACCACCAAGAACCAAAAGGAUCUCGCAUCAAAUUCGUGAUAUCGAAGCCGACGAAUCGAGCGUACUGACCGGCAGCACCAAGCCAUCGGUGUUGAUGGCCAAGAUGACGCCAGCCUCAAACGUGGAUAGCAGCCAACCCGUUGGGAAGAAUUAACCUUAUUAGGGAGCAAGGAAUCCAGUGUCAAGUAUCGUUUUAAAAGCAUAAGCUACAACAAGACGAAGUGUUUUUUUUAUUUAUUAUAUAAAGUGUAGUUAAAAGUAGCGAAAUUCAAGCAUACUGGCGAGUAGCGCCAGCACUGACUGAUAAAAAUCACAAACGGAUCACGUUUAGAUUAGCCGGUAAGCGUGAGAGAAAACAAGGUGAAUUAUACUAAAGUACUGUAGAGUAGAGGAAAGUACCCCUGCAUACAUCCAUACUGCCAACAACGAGUGCUAAGCAGUUCACGAGCUCCAUCGAGGCUCGGCUGAUUUACUUAUGCACGCAUAAAUACAAAGUAGAAUAAAAAUGUUCGUUGAAUCAUCGGGUACCGGUCUUUAGUCGACCGACGAUGAUGCUGAUAUGAAUGGAAUAAACGAUCGAGUAGUACAUUAGCUGAUAGAAGAACAACUGCGCCUUUAUUUAUGCAAGAGAAA